GGGCGAGGUUUGUCUUCAGGGUGUGCUUGGCUACUUCCAGCAUUUUAACUGUUUUUAGAGGAGGGGUGGCUUUGGAAAACGUAACUCGUUCUGACGCGACUUUUUUUGCGACCCGUGUACGGGAUGGAAAGGAGUCUGCUGCUGCGGUUGUUCCUGGUGGUCGUGGGAGUCUGCUCCGUGAGCUCUGAGGGCGAAGCGUGCCUUGGCUGGGCCUACGGGACGGAGCCCUCGGGAGAGGCCUUCCGGUGUGUGAAAGAGCGGGACGGAGAGGGCUCCCAGUUCUGUUGCGGGAGCUGCGCCCUGCCCUACUGCUGCUCGUCGGAAGAGGACCGACUGGACCAGGCCCAGUGCGCUUCCGAGAGCCGGCUGGGAGCGGCGGCUGCGGCUUCCAAGUGGACCAGGAAAUACAAAGAUUCUGAGAUCUUCGGUUUUAUUGCCCUAGCUCUUAUUGCUGUCGUGUGUUGCUUCUACUUCUGCAUCUGCUGUUUUCGCCACAGAGAUCGCCUACCCUACUUUAGGCCAGGGAACCAGUUUGAGGAUGCAGAUCCUUCCAUCAGGCUCUCUGUCAUUGACCGUCGCCCUGAUGAUGGCACCCAUGCGAGCACAGAUGCUGAGGACCAGCAAAGCACCUCCUCCGACAAUGACCCUCCUCCCAGCUAUGAACGUUGUGUGAACCCAGCACUCCUGGGUGGUGGGGAGCAGCGAGGCCGCUCCACUGUGCCCUGGGACAACGACCCUCCUCCCAGCUAUGAUGAACUAAGUGUGAACCCAGCAUUCCUGGGUGAUGAGGAGCAGCAAAGCACCACUGCUCUGCUCUCUGCUGAAACACCUGCUGUGCAGUUGGGGCAGGCGGGCCCUGCAGCUCUGGAGUCUGAGGAAACCCACUUGUCUCCAGAGCGGCUUCAGGCUGGAACGGUUUUUGUGGAGCCCAUCUCCGAGACCUCUGUCUAAUGCUUGCCCUAGCCAGCCUCUUCGUCACAGGCGGUUCUCCAAGCACACCUACCAGAGCAGAACUCCCUGCUAGAUAUUGCUUUUAGGAUCCAGUAGUGACUGAAUGGACCUUCAUUAACAAUGCUUUUAGGCAUAGGUGUCAACUGGACUAUCUCUUUCUAAAAACCUAGCAUUUGACUUGUCCAAGAUUUCACUUCCUUGUGUGUUGAUUUUUUUUUGGGGGGGGGGGCACCUUGGAGACAGAUUAUCACUACCCCCCUUAGAUCUUUCUGUCUAAACUGGUGGGGACCUGAGUUGAGAGUGACCAUCCUAUAAACCACUUACUUGUUCCAGAACUGCAUCACAGACCAUGUGAUUUGCCUUCAAAUGCACAUGCGCAGAUAAGGUGCCCCACACUUGAAGGAUUUUCUCAACUCCCAGCUUGGAAGGCCCUGUCUGAGAGGAAAAGCAGACAGUAGAUCUAUGGGAUUACUUGUGCUGUGUCGAAAUCUCGGAGGGGAGAGAAGGGUUGCAUAGCAAGAUCUUCUCAAAGGCCUUGCCUACAGCACUCUCUCUCCUCAGUGGAGUUCGUUGUCAGCUUGACCUCAGAAUAGACAAGAUGUAGAUGCUGUCCCUGAACUGUGCUCAGUGGUUUUAUUGGAGGGGCCCUUGAAGGACUUGGGUGGGCCCCUCUUUAGUAGCUUUCCUAACAGGUGAAGGUACUCUUGGGCUGGGUAACUUAGGGAGGAGUCUAGGUUUUUUAAGUUGAGAGAGCAUCUCUGCCUCUUGGCCUUACAGGAAUGUCUGUCUAGUUGCCAAAGGCUUUUAAGACUUGAUGUUGUGGACGUGGUAUAUGACCCUUUGUGUGUCAACCCUGAAAUGGUCAGACAGGCAAGCAGCAGUGUCUACCUCCUGAACCCAAGGCUUCUGGCAUGAGAAGCUCUUCCUAGCACACAGAUGUGUGUGUCUUAUAAAUGUGUGUACCACUGUAAUAAAAAUUUGUAUUUUGA